AUGCAGAGCCUGUUCGUGCCGAGGCCGUCUCCUCCCUCUCCUUUGGUCAGGGUGCGCUCCGCGAGCCUGAGCUGCGGUGUCCGGUCCAGGUCGACGUCGGUGGUGCGAUGCCAGCUGGAAGGGGCGGCGGAGGCAAAGUCGGUGGGUUGGGCUCCUCCGGGGCCGUACACGGGGCGGGACCCGGAGGUGAAGAAGCCGGCGUGGCUGCGGCAGCGGGCGGCGCAGGGAAAGAAGUACGCGAGGCUGAGGGAGUCGCUCGGCGAGCUCAAGCUCAACACCGUCUGCGUCGAGGCCCAGUGCCCCAACAUCGGAGAGUGUUGGAAUGGAGGUGGCGGGGCCGGCGGAGAAUGGGAUGGCGUUGCGACCGCGACGAUCAUGCUCCUCGGCGACACCUGUACCCGGGGGUGUCGAUUCUGCGCCGUGAAAACCAGCAACAAGCCUCCCCCACCGGAUGCCCUAGAGCCUCUGAAGACAGCCAUGGCAGUUGCGAGUUGGGGAGUAGACUACGUUGUGCUGACAAGUGUUGAUCGGGAUGACCUUCCUGAUGGUGGAAGCGGCCAUUUUGCUCAAACAGUCCGAGCUCUUAAGGUUUAUCCCUUGUUGGCAAAUGGAGUUGAAGCCUGGGAAUCUGGGAUAUUGGUGGAGUGCCUGACUUCAGAUUUUCGAGGUGACAUGGGGGCAGUUUCAUCUUUAGCAAACUCUGGUCUAGAUGAUCUAGGAGAGACAGAUGAGGAGGUGAAGCAAACAAUGGCUGACUUGAGGGCUGUCAAUGUUGAUAUUCUGACCUUGGGACAAUAUUUACAGCCCACAGAAAGACACUUGACAGUUAGAGAGUAUGUGACUCCUGAGAAGUUUGAUUUCUGGAAGGACUACGGAGAAUCUUUAGGUUUUCUUUUUGUGGCUAGUGGACCUCUAGAGCUACAAACUGCAAACUGCUGCGGUGAUCUACAGGUGAUGUUCUACAGCUUGAAUGCUGGCAAGACAUCACUGCGAGAGCUCAGGAACGCCUUCUCAGUUUCCUUCGGUGCAUUUCUGCGGAGCAAGCACAUCACGUACUCCACCACCGCUGCAUCACAAGGCAGUGUGAUCCGCCGUCACCUGUGA